AUCGCAAAAAUUCAGUCGAUUAGUAAAUGCCGACUCGGGAGGGCGUGUUAUCAAAUUGUGUGUGUUAUUUACGUUGAGUGAAUCGUGUCAGUGUGUCAAAUCGCUAACAUUGUUUGUGUACCGUGUGGUGAUAGACUAGGCCCGGUUUAAAUUAAAGAAAUGCGUUGGUGAUAAGUGUUAUCAAGUUUUAAUUGACUUGUUUACGAUGGAUGCGAAUUCUAAAUAUUACGAGGGCUGUGGACAAGAAGGACCGAUUCGUUGCAUAUUUCUGUGUGAAUUCCAUCCGACUCAAGGGCCGAAGAUAACAUGCCAAGUGCCGGAAGACCAUGUGUCCAAAGAUAUUUUUGACAUGGUCAGUCACUAUAUCAUUCCGAAAGUGCAACUGCAUCGAUGCACUCUGACUGUCACAUUAUUGGGCUCAAAAAUCCUGGGCUUCCCGGUACGAAUAGACAACAAGAAAUAUGCCCGAAACGCAUUCUACUUCAACCUGUGUUUUGUCUGCGACGAUUGGGCCAGGACCGUCCAUCUUGAGCCACUGGUGAAGAAACUUACCGAGUAUCUUUUGUCAAUGGAGCUUGAGACGGAAUGGCUGUCGAAGCAGUCGAUGUCAGGCGAUGCCAAACAGCUCAGUGGGUUGAUGAGACAGGUGAUGCAGGACAUCAACAGCCGAAGAAUGUGCACGCUAACUGUGGGCACGACAACCACUCACCUGACGGUGGUAAGGUUGAACACCGACCCGGCGCCGGUGAAGGACCACCAAGUACCUGUCUUCCUGUACAGCAGGCAUUCCUUCGUUGCGGACCAGUGGGACCUCACCACUAAUCAGAUUCUCCCAUACAUCGACGGCUUCAACCAUGUGGCCAAGAUCGCGGCGCUGACCGACGUGGAGAUCAGCUUGGUGCGCGCGUGCGUCCAGAAUCUGGUCUAUUACGGAGUGGUGACGCUGGUACCCAUCUUCCAGUACUGCGCUGUAUAUAGCGCGACUCCGAAGUUGCGGCAACUUACGAGAUGCGCUGGUCUUCAGAGGCAAUGUGUAGAAUUCUGUGCGAGGUCAUCCCGCCAACAGCCGAAAGUAAGCGACAUAUUCCGAAUGUACGCCGGUAUGACGUACGGCAGCACUGUCCGGGACCUGUGCCGGAGGAUGAAGCCGCAGGACCUGGCCAUCAAUGAGCGGAAACUGGUGUUGUUUGGCGUCCUCGAGGGUCUCAUCAGGAGGGUAUACAAGUUCCCAAUCACCUUGAACAAUGAGGACACAUCGUCCAUCAGGAGCGACCACACGCAGCCACUCGUGCGCACGUACAACGGUCUGGUUUGUUUGGACGAACUUUGUUGUCAGGGCGGCAUCACAGCCGUGCAGCUUGAAGAGCAGCUGGAGAGGGACAGCAACGUCGUGUUCAUAGUCAAAUGAAAGGGACGGAAGUAUCGGUGAGCGGCAUAGACUAAUUUCGCGUUUUCUCCAGAUUUUGGUUUUUCUGUCUAAUCUCUUGAGGUUAUGAAUCAGAGCCUGUCACGAAAUUUUUCAAUAUAGUUUAUUUUGAUGUGUGGUAUAAACUUUGGAGUUAGGGAAUUGAUUAAAAAUAAUGACACAUUGAUAGUCAUGAAAAAAAUGUGAUUCACUUUUUAAUUUAAUUUGUUUUUGUGUUGUCGCUCCGUCGCUCCAAAAAAUCAAAUUUUUUGGAGGAAACUUCAUUUCCCAACAGCCCCGCCCCAUUUAGUGGACAGCAAAUAAAUUCAAUGACUACUUACAUUCAAGUUGUUAUUAAAAAAUGCUAAAAUAGAAAAUUUAGUUUUCGCUUUGGUCUCAAGCCCAUUGUCAAGAUUCCAGUUUAUGGGCCUUUAAAAGGUGAGAUAUCAGCGAAAUCUCAGCUUAUAAAAAUUUAAAUGCAUACGUCUAUCUUUUCAGUUGGCCAAAGUAAAUCAAUUAAAUCUAUUAUUACUAAUAAUUUUUAAAGUACAGUAUGUUAAAAGUUCUAGUCCUGCAAUAUUUUAUAAGUUAAGCACAAAAUAUAAGAUCUCAUUUCAUAUUUUAAAAAAUAUUGCAGUUGACUACAGCAGAACAGAAAGGAGUUUAAAUAAUAUUUCAUAACUGACACCGACAAAUUGUAAGUAAACAUUUAUAAUAUGUCUAGCUAAAUAUUGUAAAUAAUCUAGAAAUUGUAAACUAUAAAAACUUUUUACAAUGUUAACGCAUAAUUUUACAGUUUUUAUAGUUGUUUUUACAGUACCAUUGUCAAAAGACAAGACUCAAUUAUUGAAACCUAUAUACCUAUUUUAACAAUUUGACGGUGAUAAGUAUGACUACUUGUAAUUGUUAUCUUUUUAUACUACUGUGUCUUGGACACAUUAAAUCAAUCAAUAUAUUUUUUUAUCCAACUAUCAAAAAUAAAGAAAAAUAUGCAGAUAUUAUAGUCAAAAGUACCAAAUCAUCUAUUGUAAUCUAAAAUAGUUUUAAGAAAUUGUAUAAUUAUCGGAAAAAAGUAUAUUUGUUAGGUAGAUUUAUGUAAUUUGCCGGUUUAACCAGUUAUUUUAAAGUUUGACUAUUCAAGAUUUUAUUAAUAUCGAUAGGAACUAGAAAAACCUGAAGAGAAAUUUAAAAAAAAUACUUAUACUUACUUUUUAGAAAGCUAGUUUACCUAUUUUUGAAUAAUUUUGUUGACUUUACAAAGAAUAUAUUAAUAAUUAUAGGAUUUUAUGUGUAUGUAAACAAUAUUUCAAACUGCUCAAUGUUCAUAAUUAAGAUUUUAUUUGUUAAUAAUGUACAAGUAAUCGAAAUGUUUAUAAAGGUGCUAAUAACGUAAACUUUGUAAUUUUGUAUUGUAUAGAUUUACAUAGAGACAGCCCACAUAUAAGGUCCCACCGAUUUUCGGAAAUGAUUUUAAAUUAUUUUUAGGGGAUGAAAGGGCUUACUAACAGCAAUGGACAAUUAAAAGUUCAAAAAAAUCAACAAUAUCACACACAAACAUCCAUCCAAUGAUUAUAAAAUUUGCUAAUCAAUAAUUAAUUUUUAUAGAUAUUUUUAAUUUGUUGUUACACUUAAUUUUUGUACAGUUGUUAUGUGAAUUUAUAUAGUUUUUCGUCGGUAGAAAAAUGGUUUUGUGUUUUUUUGGCGAGUAGUUCAUAUAAGGAACUAAUUACCUACUUUUAUGUGUCAUAUUACAUUUUAGCUUUACUAAGAAAAAACCUGGCCAUGGCUGAAUACUCAACAGCGAUCUUAAAAAUUCUUGAGUCUCAUACUGCCUUUAUCUAAAUAACUUGUUGGAAAGGGACAAAUUGAUAAUACUAUAGUUGCAUAGUGACUCAGUUAAUUGGACCCGGUAAAUAAUAAAUAUACAGGGUACCUUUAAAACACUCACCUCGCAGGAAUACAAAGCUGACUUAAACAAUAUCAGUUCUAAGAGUUUUGACACAUUACAUUUUUUUUUUAGUUUUUGUUGUCAUGUCCUUUUUGCCUUUACGCCUGAAGCGUGAACGCGGUUUAGAUAUUAAUAUUGGAAAGGAAAAUUAAAUAUCAAUUUUUAUACGAAAAUAAAAUUCAACGAAUUAUCAAAACUCGUCAUAGAACAAAGAUUUAUGAUAUUAGCUAUCUCAGGUGUAAGGUUUAAGGACAUGUUUAGGGUUAUUUUUUAACGGUGGCUUUGCGGCGUCACAGUCACAGAACACAACCGGAACCAUCCGCAGAUGAGAGAGAGGGAAAGAUGUUAGCUAGAAUGCACGCCACGAAAGUAGUCCCGCAGCCGUGGCGCUACUGUCGUUGCAGACAACGAUGUGGCCUAUGUGUUAUUGAUAGUUCCUGAUAUUAGUGAUAGUCACGCGCAGACUUAUCCGGCGCGCACUACAUGUAUCCCUGCGAGUUUGCCGAUGCCUUUUCUAAUCAAGUUAUAUAAACAGCAAAGUAACUAAGACGCAUAAUGCCUAAAAUUCAUGACUAAAGAACUAUUAAGUUUUGCUAGUAACCCUGUAGUUUAAAAGUUUCUUUCUAUGGGCUUAUAGCUGUCAAAUAAGUUAAAGUUGGAAUGUAAUAAAUACGCGCUUAAAAUGGAAUAAUAAUGUCUUCAUUUACCCUCUUAAGCCGGGUCCGCAGCGCUAAUUUUCUAACAAAACAUGUUAGGAAGUUAUGUUUGUUUUCUCCAUAUCGCGCUGUGCUGCCCUACGUCUUUCUUUAGUGAGCACUAACACAAAAUGAGUCACUUCCCGAAAUGAUUGAUUGAAUGAUUGGGGAUGUUCUUCAUUCGGUUUGGAAAAGAUGUUUUUGUUAUUAGAAAAAUACACACAACUACGCCACAGCCCUAAUCGGUUAGUAAAACAUAUUUUUGUGUUAGCUAAUACGAAAACACAGCGCUGCGGACCCGGCUUUAUUUAUAAUGUUUUGUCACGUUCUGUCAGUGUCGAAUAUUGUAAACUGACAGUGACAGAUAACUAUUAAAGUAUGCUCCAAAUUUAAGAGGUUAAAAUUGCACAACUUUAAAACUAACAAUAGGUAAACUUACAAGUCAUUUGUGCGAUCUAGUCGUAAAAUGGUUUAUAAACUGUUUCAAUUGUUUUGUCUGGAUUUUUGAGUUUGUAUGGUGCACAUGAUCUUUCAACUCUUGCCUUAUCAAAAAUCAACUUAUUAAAAAUCUUAAGAGUAAAAAUUCAAAUAGGUAAUUAAUUAGUUUAUUUGGCAGAUUACAAUAUGAUACGUGAUAUCAGAACUGAAUUAUUUUAAUGUGAACUGAUAUAAUGAUUUUAUGAUCAUGUGUACCUAUACACCAUAUAUGUAUGUUUUAUGAUUUGACUAGUCGACUAAAAUCUUUGUGCCUUAUUAUUGUUUGUACGAUUUUUUUAUGUAAUUGAUCAAUAAUUAAGUUAUCAUUAAGAGAUUUAUCACCGCGUUUGUUCAUUUUGUUAUUUCAGAGAUGUUCUAUCGAAGUUUUCAAGUACUCUGUCGGCAAUGUUCAAUGUUAUUACGUUUAUAAGCGACUCAUUAAAAUAAUUUCAUAUA